CAUCAGCACCAUCGCCAUCACCAACUCAUAUACCCUUGCGACUAUCCAAUCCCGGUUGUAUAUCGGCAUCCUUUUUUGAGUACGAUCGUGUAUUAUCACUCUGAUAUUCACUAUGGCGGGAAAACCGAUCUUCGUGGCUACCCACCCCCGAGCAUGCUCAACGGCCUUUGAACGGGUCUUCAUGACCCGUCGGGAUACUCUCAAAUGUAUCCACGAGCCCUUUGGAGAUGCGUUCUAUUUUGGCCCGGAAAGGCUCAGCGUGAGAUACGAGAACGAUGAGCAGGCCCGAAUUGAAAGCGGCUUUAGCCAGUCGACUUUCAAGACCAUCUUUGAUAGGAUCGAUCAAGAAGCUUCUGAGGGAAAACGUCUGUUUAUCAAAGACAUCAUCCAUUAUCUCGUGCCGCCCAAUGGCCAACCUGCCAGCAUUGCGCCCUCGCUGCAGAAGACCAAGCGUGGCGUGGGCACACAGACUACUACCAACGGAGCCCCCGAGGCGGAUGGUGUGGCCGGUAGUACGACGUCGAUUAAUGGAGAUGGGUCGCUGAAGAAGAAGGCGCCGUACCCCUACGGCACGGAAUCUGAGCCAGGCAAUCCGACCGUGGUCCCCACGGAGAUGCUGUCCAAGUUCCAUUUUGCCUUCCUCAUCCGUGAUCCUCACUACAGUAUCCCGUCAUACUACCGCUGCACCAUCCCGCCUCUUGACAAGGUCACCGGUUUCUACGAAUUCUAUCCAUCCGAAGCAGGGUACGACGAGGUCCGUCGUGUCUUCGAUUACCUGCGCAAGGUGCGCCUCGUUGGACCUCGGAUCGCUACCGACGGUCUCGAUCCGGAAUACGCCAACGAGAACGCGAACAACAUCGACGAGACCAAUGGCGUGGAGAUCUGCGUCGUCGACGCGGACGAACUGCUGGAGAAGCCUGCUGAGAUGAUCCAGGCCUUUUGCAAGAGCGUCGGUCUCGAAUACACGCCAGACAUGCUCAACUGGAACAGCGAGGAGGACCACCGUUUCGCCAAGGAGGCUUUCGAGAAGUGGAUGGGCUUCCACGACGAUGCUAUUGAGUCGACAGGCCUAACUGCCCGUGGUCCUAAAUCAGCCAAAUCCGAAGAAGACUAUGACGCCGAAUGGCGAUCCAAAUACGGCGAAAAGGGCGCCAAGAUCAUCCGUGAGACCGUCGACCGUAACAUGGCCGACUAUCUCUACCUGAAGAAAUACGCAAUGAGAGUCUAAAGCGGGCCUCUCUUAGUAUUGAUAUUGAUAUUGAUAUUGCUAUAACCUCCCGCCUCGGGUCUUUGCUAAACUGCCCCUCUGGACAAUUACAAUCACAGAGGGUAGACAGAUAUGAAUUAUGCGUUAUUGCUUUGUUAGUAGUAAUCUUAUCGAUGAUGGAUGGAUGGAUGGAUGCGUCCAUGACUUGCUAUAACAGUAACGAAAUCAUUCUUCUUUUUCUUUCCUUUUCUUUUUAUUUCUGCCUCGGGGCCAAAUCAUCAGUAACAACCAACCAACUUCGUUGCUGUAUCAGAUUCAAUCCCUAAGUAACAUCUCCGUAG